AUGCUGCCAGUUAUGCCACCAAUUCCCUCUGUCUCAGAGCAUUCCAAGAUGUUGUCACCGCUGUCGUCACCAGGCGCUUCUCAAAGUCCAGCUGCAGGAUCUACCACAGCAGACUUUGAGUCUAUCGAUUCAUCAUCACAAUCCGCAGCUACAAACGGCUCCGAUUCCAAUCAAACUUUGACAACCACGGACUCGGUUUCCGAAUCAUCUAUAGCCGCCGCAAGUUCAGGUAUUCCUGAUACCUCACAAUCAAUGGUCACAAGAAACGAUGAGCCCAAUGAGACCAAUGAGCUCAAGGAAGAUAUGGAUCUUGAUAAACCUGAUCAAGUCGGAGCAUCACACUCAGCAAAUAACGCUAUCUCAAACACCAAAUCCAAGAAGCGAGAGUCGGGCAAUGAUGAAUCUCACCAAGCUGGAACCUCGCACUCGGCAAAGAGACCCAAAAAGAAUGCCGGUCUAUUCAACGACGGUUUGGAUGAGAAUAACAUCAUCCCAGAUACCGGCGACUUAAGUGGAAUGAGAAUGACCCGCGCAAAGAAACUUUCUGUCGGAGAGAAGAUCGAAACAACCAACGAAACCGUCAAAAAACGUCAUACAGCCCAAUAUCCAACUGAAGCACAAAAACCUAACGCCGACGCCAAGGUCAAACCUAAGCCAUAUAACUCUCAUGAUCUCAAAGACAAACCCUUGUUUGAAGCAGAAAAUAAGGACAUUUGGCGGUUGAAGGUCACCAAGGAUAUGGUACCCUUGUUUCAAGCAGAAAAUAAGAACGUUUGGCGGUUGAAGGUCACCAAGCGUAAGGUUCCAGUUGGCCAAGCUCAGCACAUGGAAUUGGAAGGAACUAGCGACCCACUUGGAGUUUUUUUGGAAAAAUCGAGAACAACUCUGCCCGACGGGGCUACGGCUGAGGAUAGUGUUGCUGUCCGAUAUAUGUCUCAAUACAUCAAAGACAACCACACCCCCAUCCCUGAAGACGAACGAACGCGAAAGAAUACGAAAGACACUUACAAAUUCAGAACUUACUUUCCUACUUCAGCCCUUAUUGAGCACAAUCCCUUCUACAAUGUGGAGUACAUCGAGACUGUGCUUGAGACAAAGUCGAAGGAGAAUUUCGAGUUGAAGGCUAAGAUACAGAAAGCUAUUAGGAUUCAGAAGAUGAAAAACGCUGAGGUGGCAGAGGCGGCAAGAGUAGCUAAGGAAGCUAUGGGACUUCCUGUUGCUUCUACAAAGGAAUACAAGCGUAUAGGACUAGAGUGUGAGAUGAUAUCGGACAACGAAUUGCCAUUGGAGUAG